AUAACAUCAUCUUGCUUUUAGUGUUUUAUGCAUAAACAGCAUACAACGCCGAUAAAGUAUCUAACCUCCUGUUUUUGCCUGUAUAGGGAUGAGCAAGAUUGCACGUAUAAAGACAUGUAUCCGUAAGUAACUGAACACAGGAGUUUGUUAGUACUUAUAUUAUUCAUCAUUGUAAAACUGUACCCUCAAAUUUAAAACAUACAAGGAUAUGCAAUACAGCUAGUUUCAUGAAUGACAAUUAGUCAUGAGACUAAUUGUAUUGCAUAUCCUUGUAUGUUGGAAAGCCACUGUCUAGGUCUCAGAGUAAAAUAAAAUAAAUGAUAUGUCAUUCUUUUCAUUGUUUAGUCAUGAAAAAUAUGCAAUCAUGUAUAAUAAAUUAAAAACUUAAUUAAAAAAAAGUGCUACAGGAAGCUCAUAGCUGGUUUGCUGUACUUUCACUGAGCUCAUUGAGAAUAUAACCUCCUCCAUCCAUACCUGUGUACCUUUUCUAAAUAUUUAUUAACAUAUUUUCUUGUUUCUUUUAAAAAAAAACUUUCUCUAAAAUGUGGUGGAAUUCGGCAUGUAGCAAACAAGGGUAUAGUGGCGAGCAAGAGACCACUUGCAAGGAUGUGUACCCGAAUUCGGCAUGUAGCAGACCUGGAGACGAGUCAGGUGGCUGCACCAAUGAGUCUUCCUAGUUUCUGUUAUGAAGAUAUUGACAUUAUCCCAGAAAUUUCUGAGUCUCCAAAGGACCCGUUGUUGCAACUCGUCUCCCUCCAGAAGGCUUUGGGUUGCUGGGAAAUGGAGUCCGUGCUGGCACAGGUGUUCGGGAGGACAGAAAAAGAGCUGCUCGAGCAGAUUCCUGCACAGGUGAAGCCAGAUGUCUGGGCUACACUUCUGGCUCUGAUUUGGUUACAUGGCUUUAAGAUCGAUGUACAGGUUGAGUGGCAGUUUUUGGCCAUGAAAGCAGUGGCAUGGAUCCGCACUCAGAAAGUGGUCAACCAGUCAGAGUGUGUACGGAUAGGUAAUGCUCUACUGGGCUGUCAGGUUAAAGAAGAUGCUCUUGGGCUCUGAAGACUUCACCCUCUUACAACAUCCACACAAAAACCUUGGCAUAAUUUCUCUUUUACUUAUUUUUACUUAUAUUAGCAUGCCUUUACAUAUAAGAUGAUGUUGUCAGUGGAAUUACUUGCAUGGCCAUAAAAUACUGGAAACUUGACUAUCCUGUAGGGAUAAAGUAAAACUUUGCACACAUUUGGUUGUCAAGUGCAAAGAGUUAAAUUAAAAUAGAAAAAAGUGACAUUUUAUUUGUUUGUAAAAUCUUUUCUUGAGUUCAGGUUUUAUUUUAACAUGCAUUUAAUUGUGUGUAGUAUGUAGUGUUUGGCCCAAAAAUCCAACAAGGUCAGUGAGUCACAGGCUUAAUCCAGUUGUUGCUUGCUAAGGAUUAAAGUUUUUAAUAAAAGUUCAUAACAACAAAAGCAAUAAUUGUUGUUGUUUUAGUGGCUACAUUAAGAAUAUUAAUAAACUGUUCAUAGCAUAAUAGAUCUAAAUAACAAAUAUAGCAGCAAGCAGCCAUUAUCAGGGUUCAAGCCGUUUAGGACCCUUAAAGAUGUUAAAAGA